AUGAUCUUCAAAGACGCAGUCUCUCCGCGACGGAGAACUGCUCUCAUCCGAAAAGCAUACAGAAACACCCCCCUCAUAUCAACGAUAGCCAUCAUCAUCUUCCUAGUGUACUGUUUCCGCGUACAACUACAUCAGUUCAUAGACUACGCACGCCAGACGAACCCCUGGUCAGGACAGCGCCAAAUAGAACAAGCCUUCACCCCGACCGACACAGAACUAGCUUGCCUCCAUGGCAGCUCAACAAACCAAACAGAUGCCAUUCCCAAUGUCGUGCGCUUCAUAUACAUUUUCACAGAACCUCUUGCUCGGAAGCACGGGAUUCAAUUCGACUUUAUAAACUACCUCGCCGUUCGAAGCGCCAUCGUAUCCCUCAAACCCGACGCCAUCUACCUCCACUACGCAUUCAUCUCACCCUCCGGCAGCACCAUCAAGUCCAAAUUCGAUCCCACCUCCAACCCAUGGAUCAGACGCCUCCGCAACGACAUCCAUCUCGUCCAACACACAAUCGAGAAUCCCUACGGCCAGCCCAUCCCCCACAUCGCCGACGUAAUGCGCCUCCAAAUCCUCCGUGACAACGGCGGCAUAUACCUCGACACCGACUCGUUCGCCCUCAAGCCAUUCACCAGUAUCCUCAACCCACCACGGCCGCACGACGUUGUGCUAGGCUACGAAGGCGGCAACAGAUGGGGCAUGUGUAACGCCGUCAUUGCGGCGCGCAAAAACAGCACCUUUAUACACGAUUGGUUGAACGAGUAUAUGACGGGCAAACCGCAUCGCGAAUGGAACUACCGAAGCGUUUUGUUUCCUAAGGAGUUGGCGGACCGGAAGCCAGAUGAUGUUUGCGCCUUGUCACCGAGUGCGUUUUUCUGGCCGACUUGGACGUGGGGCCAUGUUACUUGGAUGCAUGAGACGUUGAGCGAGAAGGAGGCGAAGUAUUGGGAGGGCGAGAUUGAGAGGAAUGGAGGAGCGUUGUUUGAUGGCCAGUUGGCGUAUCAUGCUUGGAAUCAGAUGGCGGCGACGAGGUAUCUCGAUGGGUUGAGCCCGGGGGUUGUGAGGACGAAGGAUACGAGGUUUAAUUUGCUGAUGAGGCGGUUUUUGGAGCAUGAUUUAUAG